AACAAGCAAGAGCAAGCAAUGGGCAGGGGAGAGAAACUCACAAAGGUUAAUUGUCAUGCAAAUUGCUAUCAAUCCAUCUACAGCCUUCAACUCAGCCUGUCCCUGUGAUAGUGAGUUCCACAUUCUCAUUACUGUCUGGGUAUGACUGCACAAGUUUCUCUUUGACUGUGUUGGAGACGAUGCUCCACCUGCAGUCACUUGAUGCACUGUGUCUCGGAUGUGCUGCAAGUUUGGUUUUGGGGGGGGUGUGUGUGUGAGAGCUGGGAGUGAGGGGACGGUGCUGGCUCUAACUCCAACCUCCAGUGACACUGCUAAGCACAGUGAAACCACAAUCCCUGAGCUCGGACCGUCUGACAUAUCUGAACUGGCACACGACGAUGAACUUUACAAAAUGGAAGAGGCCAUAAAACAGGGAGUACUUCACGUGCAGCUGCAGCAGAAAUUUGGAAAGAAAUGGAAAAAGGUUUGGGUUUUGCUGUUUGGCGAGAGCACAUGCUCUGUCGCCCGCCUGGAAUAUUACGAGUUCAAGGAGGCCAUGAGCAUGACAGAACGGCAAGGAACUAGGAAAACGGAGAGCAAAAAGAUCAUAAAGCUCAGCGACUGCAUUCGCAUUGUCGAGGCCCCGAAUGAGAGCUGCCCAAGUGAUUGCCGGUCGUUUCAUUUGGAAACAAUUGACAAACUGUUCAUCUUUGCUGUCGAGUCGUCAGAAUUUGAGGACUGGAGCCAGAGGCUGUGUGAAAUGGCUUUUCCAAUGAAUUGGAGUGACUGGCCAACACUGAACAAAAAUGAUGGGAAGCAGGCCUCAAAGAAGGGGAAAAGCAAUCUGAUGACAAUGGAGGAGAACACACUGUAUGGCACUCGAGCAGCAGUUAAAGACUUCAGGGUCACAGUGAGGAAGACAGAAGCUGCAGACAGAUGUUGCCUCCAAGGAAUGUUCCUUCUCACUGUGGAGAAAGAUGGAUUGGAGCUCAAGGAUCUUAAAAGUGGAGAUGUUCACUACUCCUGGCCAUACAAGUUUUUGAGGCGCUUUGGACGAGACAAGGUAACAUUUUCCUUUGAGGCUGGAAGACGAUGCAUGUCCGGAGAAGGAAAUUUUGAGUUCGAUACCAGACAGGGGAAUGACAUUUUCCACAUCAUUUCAUCCGCUAUCCAACAACAGAAGCAAAGGAAUGAGUCGGAUUAUCAGUUGCCUCGCAGUCUGGAGAAUGAAACUGUUCUAAGUUCCAGGCCCCUCCCAAUCCCUACUCAUGGGCUUGAAGAGGAGGCAUGGCAACGAGACUUGGAUGAAGAACAAGGACAGAACUCAACCAAGGUGAAAGCUGACUUAUCCAAUGCCACUGUUCCUUCCCUGAGGUCUCUGUCUUUGGAAUCAGUCUGCGAUGCCAAGUCAUCCUCCACAAUGCCAUGGAGACAGGCAGUAAAGGGCCAUCACAGUUACCCGGCAGCUGCAGCCACAGCGAAUAUGGCUCAACUCCUGGAAGUCCAGUCGACUUACUCCGAGGUCAGGGAUGUAGUUGUGAAGUCCAGUUCACGUGGGAAUGCCAAAGUGACAAAAACUCACACUGGGAAGAAAUCAGAGAAUCAACCUGCACCAGAGUCUGAUUAUGCCAUUCCCUUUGAUGCUAUAGCAAAGACAUUGUGCUUCCCACCUUCGAGUGGAAUACCUACCAUCCAACAGGACAAUAACGCUCCUGAAAAGACAUUCUCAACAUUUUUCCCUGAAGGUCUGGAAGAAUGUGGGGACCCUCUUUACGAUACCAUAGACGAAUGCAACAUCCGAGGAAAUGCAAACCCACCUUCGUCCAGGGCCCUGCCCAAGGACCACAUCUAUGAUGAGCCUGAAGGGGUGGCCACUCCUUCGAUCUAUGAUAACCCAGAAGAGGUGAAAGGACAUGCAUGGAAGCUCCAGGGCUUGGACUGUGACACACAGGGGCAUGAGUAUCCAUACAACCCAAACAUGGAUGAUUAUGCAGUGCCGAAAACAGCAACAAAAGCCUUCGCAAAAAAGAAAUCAAGAGAGAGAUUGCAUCAAAAGGACAGCACUGGAGCAUUGGAAAGUGAAUAUGACAAUGUACUGGUAAAAAUUUUGGAGAAAAAGGGAACCAAGUAAUAAAGCAAAGGGGCAGGUGGGUGGAGGCAAACUGGUUCGAAACCCUGGUUGGAAGUGAGCUGGGACGGCUUGUUGCUGGAAAAGACACUCAGAAAUCCUGCAAGCUGCCUGAAUCAUGACAGUUGCUUUGGCAGUGCGAAUGAAAAUGGGAGAUGAUUCUCAGAACGUGAGCCUUUCCAGAAUCACAGAAGUGCUUCAGCAGAGAAAAGAGGCCAUUCAGCCUCAUGGUUGUACUGGCCUCUCCAAAUUAGCAUCCUAACUUUGUGCCUUUCUCCUGACUUUUCUCCAUACCCUUGCACAUUGUUUCCAAUUGAAAUAAUCAUCUAAUACUCUCUUGAAUGCCUCAGUUGAAACCUGCCUCCACCAAAUUUCCAGGCAGUGUAUUCCAGAUGCAAACCACUCAUUGUUUGGAUAAGUUUUUUUCUCUCAUCAGAUUUGCUUCUUUUGCAAAUCAUGCUAAAUCUGUGCCCUCUCUUUCUUCCUGUCCAUCUAUCCAGCCCGCUUCUGAUUUUGAAAACUUACCAGAUCUCCUCUUAGCCUUCUUCACUCAACAGAGAACAGUCCCAACCUCUCCAAUUUAUCCUCAUAACUGAAUGUUCUCAACCCUGGAAUCAGUCUCAUAAAUCUCUUCUGCAACUUCUCCAUUGUGUUCACAUCUGUCCUAUAAUGUUGCGCCCACAGCUGUACCCAAACCUCCAGCUGAGGUCUAACAAGUGUCUUGUUUUACAUCACCCCCUUGCUCUUGUACUCUAUGUCUUGAUUAAUAAGGCCAAAAACACCAUGUGCUUUAUUAAUUGCUCUCUCCACUUUCAAUGAUCUGAGUACAUACACACUCAGGUCCCUCCAAUCCUGCAGCCCUUUUAGAAUUGUACCCCCUAUUUUAUGUUGUCUUGUUCUUGAAAUGUUCUUCCGAUCAAAGUGCACCACCUCACAGUUCUCUGCAUUGAACCUCAUCUGCCACCCAGUCCACCAACUUGUCAAUGUCCUUUUGGAGUUCCACACUGUUCUCCUUAUAGUUUACAAUUCUUCUACAGUUAGUGUAAUCUGCAAACUUUGAAAAUAUCCCCUGCAAACCAAGAUCUACAUCAUUAAUAAAUAUAUAUCAGGAAAAACAGAGGUCUCAGUACUGAAUCCUGGGGAACUCCACAACAAAGCUUCCUCUAGCCUGAAACAUAUUAAUUCAUUAUUAUUCUUUGUUUCCUGUCACUCAGUCAGUUUUGUAUUGAUGUUGUCCCUGUGCCUUCUGCACCUAUAACUUUCUUCACAAGCUGGCUGUAUAGCACUGUAUUGAACAGCUUCUGGAAGUCUAUUUACAGCACAUCACCAGCAUUACCCUCAUUGACCCUUUACAUUACCUCCUCAUAAAUCGCAAAACUUCAAAGAAGUUAGUUUAACAUGAUUUCCCCUUUAGAAAUCCAUGCUGGCUCUUCCUAAUCAACCACUCUUAUCCAUGUGACUACUCAUUUGAUACCAAAUUAUUGAAUUACUGAAGUUAAACUGACUGUUCUUAUGCUUACAAGCUUUUUUUGAACAAGGUUGUGAUACCUUCGAAUCUUCAGUCCUCUAGCUCCUCCCCCAAGCCCAGGGAAAUCUGAAAGAUAGUAGUCCAUGCCCCUGCAAUUUCCACAUUCACUCCCUUCAAUACCCUUCGAUUCAAUGUCUUGUCAACUUAGGGACCAACAGUCCAUUCAACCGCUCCUCACCACCCUGAUCAAUUUGCACCAUUUUAAUAAAGGAGUUUCUUCCUUUCUCACAAUGGCCUAUGCAGCUUCUAAAUCCUUGGUAAAGACAGGUGUAAAGUAUUCAUUUGAUAUGUUAGCUGUGCCCCUGGCCUCCAUGUGUUAAUCCUGUAGUGACCGGAACAUGGUCAACCAGAUGGGCCUCAUAGAGUGUGAGUUCCCCGACUGGGGCUGUUAACCUGGUCCAGUCAGGGAGCCCUGGCUGACAGACAGAAACAGGAGGGUCAGGGGUUCUGUUCACUCUGAGAGCUGGCUCUGAGGAAGCUGGACCAGCGUCAAGGACUCUCCACAUGCAAAGAAAGGGUGACUUGAUGAUAGGAUACCGGCCUCUGCUGAGUUAUUUCAAACUCCUUUUUGGUUCCUAAUGAGCCCUACUCCUCGUUCUGCCACUCUUAAUAUUUAUAUAAAUACAGGUGUCCUCAAUAUACAUUCGGUUUAUGUCGAUUGAGGAAUUUUUCCCCAUCAGAAUAAUAUAAAUAUGGGGGAAUAGAGACUGUAAAGGUGUUAAAAUCACCUUCUGCCAUGAAAAGCAAUGGAAUAAAGUUGGGAUAGGGACUAUAACUUAGGGUCAUACCAUGUUUCAUACUGAACAACCAAGAUAUGGACUAUACAUGUACUGUACAGUAAACACAAUGUAAACACAUCCCCUGCUAGGAAUAACGUAAGAGAACACAAUACAACUUAGAAGCAUCAGACAGUAUUCUGGGAGAAAUGCUAAGAUGUUGGCACAGAUAUGAAUUACAAGUUGUACGUUUUCGAUCCUAAGAUGAAGUAAGUUGAAAACGACGCAAUGACAUGGGAAAUUUUAGUUUUAUUCCUCACAAGGUCAGCGAUGUGAAUGCGAGGCAAUGUGUUGUUUUCCUCCCACAAUCCAAAGAUGUGCGGGUUAGGUGGAUUGGCUGUGCCAAAUUGUCCGUAGUGUUCAGGGAUGUGUACAUUAGGUGAGUUAUAGGGAUGGGUCUGGGUGGGAUGCUCUGAGGGGCAGUGUGGAUGACCUCCUAGAGAAGACUUUGGAAUUGCCCUUUGUGUUGGUUGCCAGCUUUAUUUCCCAUAGUUCCUGUUUGCUUCUUUAGUAUGCUGCUUCACCUCCAUCUGAACCUUCUGUAUUCGUCAUGGUUUCCAAUUGUAUUUUCUACCAGACGCCAUUGCAAGCACUCUCUUUUCUUCUUUAUCUUAGCUUUCAUCUCUUUUGUCAUGAGGGGGCUCUGGAUUUGUUUGCCCUCCCUUUCCCUGCUGAGGAAAUAUACCUUUACUGUGCCAGCACCAUCCCCUCUUUGAAGGUAGCCCAUUGUUCAUUUACAGAUUUUUCCACCAUCCUUUCAAUCCAAUCCAUCUGGCCCAGUUUGGGUCUUGCCAGUUCUGUGUGGACAGCCUGUUGGUUGAAGCUGUGAGCUGGGUACCAGUGUGAGCCUGUUAAAGGACAGGUACAGCAGGGGGAGGCUCAGAGGGAAGGGAACCAGCAGCUGAAGACUCCUUGUCACAGACCGUUUGAAAUAAACUGAUGAUUGCAGUGAUGACCUUCCUUGUGAACCAGCCAGCUGUCUCAAAUGCUUCAGCUCAUUGUGUUUUAUGAACUUUAACUGCCAAUAAAGUUGUUACUUCCA